GCUGGUGGUGGUAGGUAAGAUUGGAACAAAAAGUGGACAGUGCACUCCCUUCUCUCUCACCCAGUUCACUUCCUCCUUUUUGGCUACCCCUUUUUCUUCCAUUUUUCCUUCCUAUCUGCAUGAAAUUAGGCCAAGGAAUGAGAUUUCCCACCCCAUCCCUAGUGCUCAGUGAUGUGAGUUACCUGCUAGCUAGACCAUGCUGACUUUUAUCUGGAGUAGCUCUAAUCCAGCUCCAAACAAUUUCUACCUUCCAGGCCAAAAGGCAGCUUACUUCUAUAUCCAUCACCUCAAACUAUGGAAUAUCUGCAGCAUUUAUUACUGUUCCCCCCGACUUCCUUCCUCAGAUGUCUUAUAUAAGAGGAAGAGAAUCAACAGGAGCCUUCACUUCUGAUCCUUGUUCAGCGAUGGAAACAGAACUGCUGCUGGCUCCUAUCACUGCUCUGGAGAUUGUGGAUGAUCACCUUGUUGCAGGUGAAGGACCCUACAUUGCCAUCUACUCCCUGGAGCCUGAUGCCAGCCAGUCAGCAAGAUGCUACAAGAAGGUCCUUCGAAACCAUAAUGUCCAUGGUAUCAAGGAGCAGCAGGAUGCGGCCCCAGCACCAACCGCCCUAGCUGUCUUUGGAGGCAAAGGCCUCGUCGUUUUAGAGCUCAGCUUCCAGGGCGGCAGGGCAAAACUAGCCGAACUCUUUCCUUUCCGAGAGCUGCAUGACUGGAUCUGGGACCUGCAGUGGUUGGAGGCACCCGGCUGUGUGGCUUUGGCCCUGGGCCACAACUCCUUGGCACUCUACGACUGCGCUGGCCAGAGGACCCUUCGAGAAGUGCACUGCCAGGAGAAGUGCAUUCUCUACUCAGCCCACCUGGUUGGGAGCAGCUGGGACACGCUGGUGCUGGUGGCUGGCACAGUCUUUAACCAGCUGGUGGUCUGGUGCGCGGCCGACCCGCCAGAUGACACAGGCAGGGUGAAGCCCCGAAGCAGGAUCAGCGGGCACAAGGGCGUCAUCUUCAGCAUCUGUUUCUCAGAGAGCAAAAGCAUCUUGGCCUCGGCCUCAGAUGACAGGAGCCUGAGGCUGUGGGGCGUCGGCGACCUCAGAUCACCCCCUGACCCUGUCCCAUGCUUGCUGGUGUGCUACGGGCACCAGUCUCGGGUCUGGGCGGUGCGCCUGCUCAGCAGUUACGUCCUCAGCAUUGGAGAAGACGCCGCUUGCCUGGUGUGGAACUACCAGGGCGAGAUUGUUCACCGUUUCAAAGGGCACAAGGGGCGUGGCCUCCGGGCAGUCGCCGCCCACGAGAGGCGGGGCUGGGUGUUCACAGGCGGGGCCGAUUCUGGCAUCAGACAGUGGCUCCUUAAAGGGCAGGGCGACAGCGGGAACAGCCUUGUGCGGCUGGACUUCCCCUCACCUCGCAGAAAAGGAUCUCCCAGAGCGGUGAAGCUGGUGGAUGUAAACCACCUCCUUGUGAUGACGGACGCCGGGGCCGUCUACGCCUAUGACUUGACCUCCAAAGCCUGGGCGUUGGUCCUCGAGGAUGCUGCGUAUCGGUCCUACAGCCUCCUAGAAGUCUCCGUGCUCAUCAGCGGUGUUGCGGUGUGUGCCAUGGGCAACCUGUUGGGACAGGUUAAAGUCUUCCCUCUCCGCAGCCCCGCAGAAAGCAAGGAGCUGAAGCUGUAUGAGGGGAAAGUGCACAGCUUGAGUUGGGCCUCCUAUGCAGGGCAGGAUCCUGGUUCUUGCAGCCUCUUCGUUUCUGGAGCAGCUGGUUCCCUGCUGUGGCUGGAGGUCUCUCUUGGCCCACCUGAGGGAGUCGCUGUGGUGGUGAAGCGAUGUUUCCGCCUGCCACUCUGCAAGCAGCGAUGGCACACGUGCGCCGCCUUCAUGCCCCAGGGAAAGCUGCUGCUCUGCGGCGACCGCAGGGGCUCCCUCAUGCUGUUUGAGUGCAAGCCAGCUCAGGCAUUGAGCAGAGGAGCAGGAGUCGGCUCCUCGGACCCAGAGGAGGUCUCCGGUUUGCCUGGCCCGGCCUUUCCUCUCACAGGGGAAGAGCUGCUCGCUGAGGGCCCUGUCUCUCUGCUCUUCGGCCUACAUGGAAAGCUUGGCGUCACCUCCAUCACCUGCCACCAGGACUUUGUCUACAGCACUGGCCGGGACAGCUGCUACCGCCAGCUGCAGGUGCAAGGCCGCCAGCUGCGCGUGCUGAGGAAGCACAGGCCAUGCAAGGGCCUGGAGUGGCUGGAGGAGCUGCGCUUCGGCCCCGAUGGGAGCAUGUGGGUGCUGGGCUUCCACGCUGACCGCUUUGUUCUCUGGAGCGCCAGCAGCAACGAGAUGCUGCUGUCUGUCCCUUGCGGUGGCGGCCACCGCUCCUGGAGCUACACCCACCGCCUCCAGGCGGGAACCUUUGCUUAUGUCAAAUCCGGGGAUGUGGUGGUGCACCAAAGUCAAGGCGCGCAAGGCGGGCAGCGCAUCCUCAAGGAGUCCCUGCACGGGCGGGAACUGACAUGCGUUUGCCACAUCGGGGUUUUGCAGGCACCCGGGCAGGAGCCGCUGAGCACCCUUGCCACCGGCAGCGAGGACGGCACGGUCAAUAUUCUGAGCUACAGGGCGCAGUCUCGUACGGUGACCCAGCUUGUGGCUCUGGGCGACCACAUCUCGAGCGUGAGAGCGCUGGCUGUGGCCAAGGACACUCAGUCCAAGGCAGGAAGUAUCUCUGCCAUCCUCUUCUCAGCUGGAGGACGGGCCCAAAUUGAGUGUUACCGGAUGCUGCUUAGCCCCAGCCAUGGCUCUAGCGGAGGUGUGGUCCAUCAGCUGGUCCACGUGGCUUCUCACCGCCUGGAUGAGCAGUGGGACCGCAGGAAGAACAGGCACAAGCUCGUCAAAAUGGACCCAGAGACCAGAUAUAUGUCUAUUGAGGUCCUGGCUGGUGUGGAGUACCCAGAGCUUCCUGGUCCCUUGCUCUUCCUAGCCGCUGCUUGCAGUGAUGGCUCUGUCCGCCUCUUCCUGCUGCUUGAGCCUGCCCAGAAGCUGCAGCUUGUGGCAGAAUCCUUUCACCAUCAGCACUGCGUCCUGAAGGUCCAGGCGUUUGCAUGUAAGACAGCAGGUGGAGGAAGAAGGCACUUGUUGAGCAGCGCUGCCACCGACGGGAGCAUUGCAUUCUGGGAUCUCGCCCCUACCCUUAAGCGUGCUGCAGAGGCCUUGAAGGCGGAAGGCACAGAAAUGAAGCUUCUGGACCUGGGUACCCCAGUCCUGACCAUCCGGGCUCACAGCUGUGGAGUGAACAGCCUCCACAUCCAGCAAGCAGCUGCCGGGCAUUUCCUGGUGGCCAGUGGCAGCGAUGACGGCUCCAUCUCUCUCAGCGCUGUUGAAGUGGAUGCUGGAAGUGAUGCCGACCAGGAAGCCGUCGCCGGGACCGGCAUCCGCCUUCUCAGAAACUCCUCAAGGGUCUGCGCCCAUGCAGCUCACGUGACGGGGGUGAGGCUCCUGCAGCCGGACUUCCUCCUCUCAGUUUCGGUGGACCAGCGGCUGACGCUCUGGCACCUUCGCGAGGACAGCCUGUCUUUUGUCAGCAGCAAAUUCUGCCACGUGGCCGAUGUGGCUGGCCUGGAGUGCUGGGAGGCUGGGGCCCGUAACUGCCAGAGCGUGAUCUGUGGGCAGGGGCUGGAGAUCCUCUGCUGCAGCCUAGAUUUGCCAGGUGCAGAAACAGAAAAUGGUGUAUGAAGGAGUGUGGGCUGUGCAGCCGCCUAAUUCUGUUGGGGUGCAGAGGAGUUUGAACCAAUAAUAAUAAUAAUUUAUUAUUUAUACCCCGCCCAUCUGGCUGAGUUUCUCCAGCCACUCUGGGCGGCUCCCAAUCAAGUGUUAAAAACAGUGCAGCAUUAAAUAUUAAAAACUUCCCUGAACAGGGCUGCCUUCAGAUGUCUUUUAAAGAUAGGAUAGCUGCUUAUUUCCUUCACAUCCACAGGGUAGAUGCCACCACCAAGAAGGCCCUCUGUCUGGUUUCCUGUAACCUCACUCCUCGCAAUGAGGGAACCGCCAGAAGGCCCUCGGCGCUGGAUCUCAGUGUCCGGGCUGAAUGAUGGGGGUGGAAAUGCUCCUUCAGGUAUACUGGGCCGAGGCCGUUUAGGGCUUUAAAGGUCAGCACCAACACCAACCAGGGCACAGAGGGCUGUCAUGCGAAAGCAGAAAGGACCGUAAGAAAUAUAAUAAAUAAUAAUCAUAAUAAAUUUUUAUUUAUACCCCGUCCUUCCCAGUUCAGAAAACCGGGCUCAGGGCAGCUAACAACAAAUUUUAAACACUUAAUUGAUGCAACAAAAAACAGCAUAAAAUACAGUAUAAAACGGGAAUAACAAUAAACAAAUAAAAAUACUUUGCCCCUCUCUUCAGGGAGAGACUGCUUCUGCCAUAACCAUGCAGAUACUGUCCCUGAUACAAUAUAGCUUCCCUGCUUUUCUUUGCCUUGUGGCUUGUGGGCAGUCAUACCGGAGCUUCGCCAACCUAUUUUGACAGAGGGCCUGUGAUGAGAAAUGCAGUAAUAAAUCAAGCCCACCCGAUGCCAGUCCCUCUGCCUCCGCUGGUUAAAUGGCUUAAAAUGCCUUUUCCUUGCAAAUAUAUGUUCUGCAUUUCAGCCUCCUCUUCUGAUUACCGCGGAGAAACGUAGGAAGCUACUUUAUACCAGGACAGACUUCUUUGUCCAACUGCCCCAGGGUUUCUCCAGGGUCUCAGGCAAGUCUUUCCCCCUACGCCGCCUAUUUUAUCAUUUUAACUGGCGAUACUGGGGAUCGAACCUUCUCUGUGCAAAUAGCGUUCUCUGCCUCUGAGCUGUGAUCCUACUCCUUAAGGAGACCUAAUCACAGCCUGCAGGAUGGUCAGAUGAAUCCCAUUCACAUGGAUUUGGGGAAAGAGCUGAUCACCUGGUGCCUGCAAUGCCCUGGGCCCACAGAACUUAAAGACCCACCCUCCCAUUGCGGAGGAGGGUUUCUUGUCGCACUGCCUACAGGCUCAAAAUUGCUACAAGAUCACUGGAGUGUCAGGUGCUAAUCAGUUCAAUGGGCAGCGACAUUCCUGUGUGCAUCUGCUGAAUGACAUCCAUUUAGACUGUAGCACUGAUAGAAGAGGACUGCGGAGGAGUGGGGAUGUUCACAGAAUGUCUACCCGGGUGGGAGAUGGUGUUUCUUUAAAAAAUAAAAUAAAUAGAGUUG